CGCUCCGUGCUGCUGUCUGCGGAUCCCUGCUCUUAAAACUGCCCACCGCGGCGAUAGUCACACUUUCAAAGUCCAAUUAAUGCAGUCUCUGAUCAUGAGUUCCAAAGAGGCUGUGCAGGCAGCAGCCAAAGAGUUCCUUCAGUUUGUCAACAGAGGAGUUUCUCCAUAUCACGUGGUUGAAGAAUGCAAGAGACGUCUGUUAGCUGCUGGAUUCAUCGAGCUGAAAGAGACAGAGCAGUGGGACAUCAAGCCUGCGAGGAAGUACUUCCUCACUAGGAACUUCUCCAGCGUCAUCGCCUUCGCAGUGGGGGGACUUUACCUGCCAGGAAACGGUUUCUCCAUGAUCGGCGCGCACACCGACAGCCCCUGCCUCAGGGUGAAGCCGAGGUCCAAGAGGAUAAAGCAGGGCUGCGUGCAGGUCGGCGUGGAGUGCUACGGCGGAGGGAUCUGGAACACCUGGUUCGACCGCGACCUGACCAUCGCCGGCCGCGUCAUGGUGAAGAGCGACGGGAAGCUGGUCCACCGUCUGGUUCACGUCCCCGGGCCUCUGCUCAGGAUCCCUCACCUCGCCAUCCACCUGCAGCGGGACAUCAACGACUCCUUCGGACCCAACAAGGAGAACCACCUGGUGCCCAUCAUCGCCACUGUGGUCCAGGAGGAGCUGGAGACGGGAUGUGUGUCCUCUGGAGACGCCUCCUGUGCUGCAAGCACGGCAGAGAAACACCACCCGGUGCUGGUGAAGGCGCUGUGUUCGCAGCUCAACGUCAAGCCCGAGGAUCUGCUGGACUUUGAGCUGUGUCUGGCCGACACACAGCCGGCGGCUUUAGGAGGAGCGUAUGAGGAGUUCAUCUACUCUCCUCGUCUGGACAACCUGCACAGCUGCUACUGCGCCCUGCAGGGCCUGGUGGAGUCCUGCUCCGGAGACACUCUGGAGAAAGAUCCCAACGUUCGCAUGAUCACUCUGUACGACAACGAAGAGGUGGGAUCGGAGAGCGCUCAGGGCGCUCAGUCCAACCUGACCGAGCUCGUCCUGACCCGGCUGGCUGCCUCCUCCUCCAAUCUCACCGCCUUCCAGCAGGCGGCGCCGCUCUCCUUCAUGAUCAGCGCCGACAUGGCCCACGCUGUGCACCCCAACUACCAGGAGAAGCAUGAAGAGAACCACCGGCCGUCCUUCCACAAGGGCCCCGUGAUCAAGUUCAACAGCAACCAGCGCUACGCCACCACCGCCGUCACCGCCUCCGUGGUCCGAGAGGUGGCCGGCCGGGUCGGCGUGCCGCUGCAGGAUGUGAUGGUCCGGAACGACAGCCCCUGCGGGACCACCAUCGGGCCCAUCCUGGCCGCCCGCCUCGGCGUCCCCGUGGUGGACGUCGGCGCCCCGCAGCUCUCCAUGCACUCCAUCCGGGAGAUGUGCUGCACCUCCAGCGUCCUGCAGAGCACCGCCCUCUUCAAGGGUUUCUUUGAGUUGUUCCCCUCCAUUCGGAGCUCUCUGAUUGUCGACUAGAACCAGCACAACAACUGAUGGGGGACAAAAGGGGAAAACGUAAAGCCUGCACGGCCGAAGUGAGGGGAAACGACGCAUUCUGUGAUCUCUGUCCCAUGAGAUGCCAGUAUUCAUACAAUAAGGAACACUGAACAGUUUUUAUUUGAACUGACAAUGUUAGGAAAAAUAAAACACUGA